AUGAAUUCGAUAGAGGUCUUAGAGAGCCUCGAGAAACUCAGGAGAAGUACUCAACUACACUGGCCACCAAGUGCCCUCGACGGGCAGCUGGUAGUCGUUAGUUGUUCUCACGGCGCUUUGUCGCGAUUACUACACUGGAUCUCAUCCAGGGUAUAUGUUACGGAUGAACCGAACAGUGACGAUUCUGAGUGGCCGGAGGGCGACAGGGAAUCCUACGAGGAGGACCUCUGGGAACAGGAGUACGCGGACAAGCUCUAUGCCGACGAGGUAGAUCAUAACUUGGACACGUGA